GAAGGAACAUCCAAAUUUGCGAACCUGGACAGCAGCGUGAAAGAAAAUCAGAAAAGGACACAGAGGCGACUGCAACUUCAAAAAGAUACGGUGCGUCUGGGGUCCUUUUCCUAUGCUUUUCUCUCUGAAUCCUCCUCCUCCUCGUGUUCCUCCACCCAUUCCACGGACACAUCUUCCUCGGGGGUGUCAUCUUUAGUCUCCUCCCCACCUUUGCUCACUGACGCUGACUCCAACAGCGCCGGCUCCAAGAGCUCUGUCUCUGUGACACCCAUUACCUCAAAAGCACUGCCUGCUAUUUACAACCAUCAGAACAAAGAUAUGUGCAUCAUCCGGAUUAGCACUGAAGACGACAAUGGCAAUAUGUACAAGAGCAUCCUGCUAACUAGCCAAGACAAAACUCCUGCUGUGAUCCAGAGAGCUAUGUUGAAGCACCACCUGGAAUCUGAUGCAGCUGAGGAUUAUGAGCUUGUACAGGUCCUCUCCGAGAACAAAGAGCUGGUGAUCCCUGGCAACGCCAAUGUGUUCUACGCCAUGAACAGCCACGCAAACUUCGAUUUCAUCCUACGGAAAAAAGCUUCAGCCAAUGGGCAGGUGAAAAUGAGGAGCCGCUGCAGCCUGACACUCCCUAGAACUGCCAAAUGGGGGUGCUGGAGCAACAGGCCCAGCAAAACCGCAAUGUGAAGGAGACACGGCGACAGGGAGUUGAGAACUGUACUUUUGCUACCAUCCAGCAUUGCACAAUCACAGCAGAUGAAUGUAUCAGUAUUCAACUUUGAAAAUAUUUGAGGCUGAAAUGGAAAUUGAACAUUUGAUAGGCCUACAGCCGGAGUUCUCCUCCCUUGUAGCCAGAUACGGACAUGGAUUUACAGGAUUGUUUGUUUGG